GACAGUUUGUGUGUGCUGUGCAUUUUGAAAGGAAAAGAGAGAGAGAUGGAAGCUGCGAUGGGACUGAUGCGGAGGAUUCCGCCGAAGCACACAGACGCAGCUCUCUCUGCGCUUCUAAGCCUUAUGCCUCACCACUCUUCCGAUCUCCUUUCUCAAGUCGAUCAGCCCCUACAGGUUUUGUGCGAUGUGGAUUGUGGGAAGGAGUUCAUAUUGUGUGAAUAUAACAGAGAUGCUGACUCUUACAGAUCACCUUGGUCAAAUAAAUACCAUCCACCGUUAGAAGAUGGCUCCCUCCCUUCUUUAGAGUUGAGGAAGCUUGAAAUUGAAGCAAAUGACAUAUUUGCAAUUUAUCUUGACCAAUAUUAUGAAGGUGGCAUUUCAUCAGUUUACAUGUGGGAAGAUGAGAAUGAAGGUUUCGUAGCCUGCUUUUUAAUAAAGAAAGAUGGUUCAAAGACAGGGCAAGGUCGACGAGGAUAUCUAGAGGAAGGAGCAUGGGAUGCUAUACAUGUUAUAGAGGUGGGACCGGAGGAAGAAGAAAACACCAGUUAUCGCUUAACCAGUACAGUUAUGCUUACUUUGACUACAAAUAAUGAGUCAUCGGGAACUUUCAGUUUGUCUGGAUCAAUUAGACGUCAGAUGAGUAUGAAGCUGUCAGUUGCUGAUGGACAUCUUUGUAACAUGGGAAGGAUGAUUGAAGAAAUGGAAAGUAAGCUGAGGAACUCACUAGAUCAGGUAUACUUUGGGAAAACAAGAGAAAUGGUUUGCACACUAAGACCACCGGCUGAAGUGGCGCAGAUGAGAAUGCCUGAGAGCUAAUAUGCCAUUACAUGGUGUGGCAGAGAGGAUUUUACUAUGUUCUCUUCAAAUGUUUUAGCUUAUUGACUGGUAAUUGUUUCACUGUAUUUGAGAUAGGUAGUUGGGAUGACCUUCGUUUCGCAGAGCUAGUUCCGUUUGUUGUUCGAAUGUAAACCCUAUUGUUCUGUAGUGGAUACUGGAUAGUAUUAUGUUUGUUGUUGAUACUGGAAUGUUAAUUCAACAGAACAGUGGAAUCCCAAAACUAAUGCCUCUGAGAAUGCCUGAGAGCUGAUGCGCCUAUUGUAUGCGUGGC